AUCCCAAAACCCACUACCAACUACAAUUAUAACCAUUCUCCAACCGCUUCUUUUCUAAAGUUUGGACUUCUCCCGCUAACUUUUUUCUUUGGGGGCAGAAGCACCAAAAGUGUGUUUUCCGACCAAACUUUUUCACUGAUCAACAAUAUAUUCCGACUUCUUUGAUUAAUUGUGUUGUAAGAAGAAACUGCACAUCUCCACAUCCAAGUAAUCGCCUCAGGUCACAGAAGAAAAAGGAAAAAAAACAAAUAUGUGGAGAUUGAAGAUUGCAGAAGGUGUUGACAGCCCUUACCUCUACAGCACCAACAACUAUGUGGGUCGCCAGAUCUGGGAGUUCGACCCCAACUACGGCACACCCCAGCUCCGACAAGAGGUGGAGAAAGCUCGCCAGGACUUCUGGGCCAAUCGAUACCAGGUCAAACCAAGCAGUGAUCUCCUCUGGCGGCUUCAGUUCCUGCAUGAAAACAACUUUAAACAGACAAUACCCCAAGUCAAGGUGGGCGAUGGAGAAGACGUAACCUACGAGACGGCCACCACCACACUGCGCAGAGCUGUUCAUUUCUUCUCCGCCCUGCAAGCUAGUGAUGGCCACUGGCCAGCAGAAAACGCCGGUCCCUUGUUCUUUCUUCCACCUUUGGUCAUGAUUCUCUACAUCACAGGUCAUCUCAACACUGUUUUUCCAGCAGAACACCGUAAAGAAAUUCUCCGUUACAUAUACUGUCAUCAGAACGAAGACGGUGGCUGGGGCUUCCACAUAGAAGGCCACAGCACGAUGUUCUGCACGGUCCUCAGUUACAUUUGCAUGCGUAUUCUAGGAGAAGGGCCUGACGGUGGUGAAAACAACGCCUGCACCAGAGCAAGAAAAUGGAUUCUUGACCAUGGCACUGUGACAGCAAUACCUUCUUGGGGAAAGACAUGGCUUUCAAUACUGGGAGUGUUCGAUUGGUCAGGAAGCAACCCCAUGCCCCCUGAAUUUUGGCUUCUUCCGUCUUUUCUUCCAAUGCAUCCAGCAAAAAUGUGGUGCUACUGUCGAAUGGUUUACAUGCCAAUGUCCUAUUUAUAUGGAAAGAGAUUCGUGGGUCCGAUAACUCCUCUUAUUUUACAAUUGAGAGAAGAGUUGUAUGAUCAGCCCUAUGAACAAAUUAAUUGGAGGAGUGUACGACAUCGCUGUGCAAAGGAAGACCUAUAUUAUCCUCACCCGUUAAUACAAGACUUGAUUUGGGAUAGUUGUUACGUGUUGACGGAGCCUCUUUUGACCCGUUGGCCUUUCAACAAGCUGAGAGAGAAAGCUCUCCAAGUCACAAUGAAACACAUCCACUAUGAAGAUGAAAACAGCAGAUACAUCACAAUCGGAUGCGUGGAGAAGGUGCUGUGUAUGUUGGCUUGUUGGGUUGAGGACCCAAACGGAGACUAUUUCAAGAAACAUCUCGCUAGAAUCCCCGAUUACAUAUGGGUUGCUGAAGAUGGCAUGAAGAUGCAGAGUUUUGGCAGCCAAGAGUGGGAUACGGGUUUUGCCAUACAAGCAUUGCUAGCGAGUAAUCUGACGGAUGAAAUAGGCGAGACUCUAAGACUAGGGCAUGACUUCAUUAAGAAGUCUCAGGUCAAAGAUGAUCCUUCUGGCGACUUCAGAAGCAUGUACCGCCACAUUUCAAAGGGAUCGUGGACGUUUUCGGAUCAAGAUCAUGGGUGGCAAGUAUCGGAUUGUACUGCAGAAGGGUUGAAGUGUUGCCUUCUGUUCUCAAUGAUGCCUCCUGAUAUUGUUGGAGAAAAGAUGGAACCUGAGGGAUUCUACAAUGCUGUCAACAUAUUGCUUUCUCUGCAGAGCAAAAAUGGUGGUUUAGCUGCAUGGGAGCCUGCAGGGGCGUCUGACUGGUUGGAGUUGCUCAACCCUACAGAAUUCUUUGCAGAUAUCGUUGUUGAGCAUGAGUAUGUCGAGUGCACUUCGUCAGCCAUCCAAGCUCUUGUUUUGUUUAAGCAGUUGUACCCUGAGCACCGGAAGAAAGAGAUAGAAAGCUUCAUUGCAAAGGCUGUCGGAUACCUGGAAGAUGUACAGCGGCCCGAUGGCUCAUGGUAUGGAAACUGGGGCGUUUGCUUCACAUACGGUACUUGGUUUGCUCUUGGAGGGCUUGCAGCAGCUGGUAAGAGCUACAACAAUUGCGCAGCCGUGCGCAAAGCGGUUGAUUUUCUACUGAAAGCGCAGAGGGACGACGGUGGCUGGGGAGAAAGCUACCUCUCCUGUCCAAAGAAGGUAUAUGUGCCAUUGGAAGAUAAUCGCUCAAACUUGGUGCACACAGCGUGGGCAAUGAUGGGUCUAAUCCAUUCAGGACAGGCUGAUAGAGACCCUACACCUCUUCAUCGUGGAGCAAAGCUUUUGAUCAACUCUCAGUUGGAAGAUGGUGAUUUUCCCCAACAGGAAAUCACUGGAGUUUUCAUGAAGAAUUGCAUGUUACAUUACGCGGCAUACAGGAAUAUAUACCCGCUGUGGGCUUUAGCAGAAUACAGGAAACGAGUUCCACUGCCAUCAACAACAAGAAGCCUCUAAUAACACCUAGUGUUAAAAUUAUGAAGCAAUAAAUGUAUCUCUUUGUUUCCUUCUUUUUACUAUGCCUUUAUAACUUUUUUCUUUCAAUAAUAUUUAUUUUGAUGUAAAGAUUUAACGGAUACGGAAUACUGGAUCAGAAUGUGGUUCGUUUACGAUAAUAUCAAAUAUUAAUAAAUAAAGUUUGUUGUU